UUCAGCACAUGGAAGCUGAGUUCCAACUGCGAGGAACAACACAGGACAUGACAAGGUGGCCGUGCUGGACCACCACUGUCCGUCAUACCACGUGAACGGUGUGACAGUUGGAGUGGUUUUGAAACCGUGACUCUGUCAUACCGUGGUCUACCUUGAAACAAGUAACCGGACCAUGCUUUAUUGUGGCCAGAUGGGUCUUGAUUGUGUAGGAGCUGCUAAAUGUUUGCUCUACGCACCUUGCUGUAGCCGUUCAAGCUAAUAUUUGUCCACGUUCAGUGGCUGUUUAAGCUAAUAUGUGUUAAUGUUCAGCGGAUGUAACUUUAGCUAUGAUCCAAAUUGUUGCCGGGUAGUUCAUGAAUGUGGAGAAAAACAGACAACUGUGUCUCCCAUAAGUGGCUAUUAAAGACAUAAAGAACAGUACAUAUGAAUGGACGAAGCCAAAUGGUUGUUCUUUGUGAUGUUAAAAAAGUAGCCAUCACACUGCUGUGACCUGCAUUGUUUGUGUGCAGACUGCUGGCCAUCCAGGUCUACAUGCUCGUCAUAAAGUGAAUAGAGGGCGGACAGCACAAUAUAGCUUGUAGAAUUCCUUCUCAUGCACAUUUGCAGCCGAGACACUGUUGCCAGGUCUUGCGAAGAAACAAACGGCGAGCUCUCUUAAAAACAAGGCCAAAACGGCAGGGAAUUUUCAGACAACUUUACAAACAAACACAAACCCAAAUCAACAAGAAACUUGGGAAUUUCUCAAACAUAUAUUUACAAAAAUACAAGCACAAAGUUGCUUCUAUGUACUGGUGACUGUCAACGCUGGCCGAGAUGCUUUGUUUUUUACAGGGCUUUGGAGUUUGCGGCUAAAAUUUGAGACAUUGCGAUUCAUUUUUUUCCAUCCACUUGCACAAGUGCGAACAGAUAAAAGUAAUCGUCCUGUAUUGAGUUGACAAGGGAUGCACUUGUUGCUAAUUACCAUGAGAAUGAAAAAUAGUCUCUAAAAUUUGGAGUCGGUCGACGAGAGCGGGUCACAUGCUAAGCCUAUCGAUGCCGGUGCAUGUGAUCACUCACAUUUCAGUCUCAUUGCCGUUGGACUUUUCUGACAUCUAUGUUUACACACCUUGCCUGGCUAUCACUCACUGGCAACAGCUGUUUUCCGCCUACCAUCUGGUCUUCGGACUCCAAAUGUGACUUUUGUCCUUAAAACAUAUGAGUAGUGCAGUUAGUUGGUAGCUCGUUUUUGUCCCACGGGGAAGCUACAAGUGGAUAUCACGCUUAUGAAGUACAUGCCAACGUCCUUUUUUUUUUUUUUUUUUUUGGCACUUAACAACUUUGCUCUCUUGUUAUUCAUCAUAAUAAUUGUCUUGUCUUCAAAGCACUAGUUGUGUGUCUAUGUUGUUUAACAUAAACACGGGAGACAAAUACAGUAUAACACCGACAAAUUUGUUUGGUCAGAUUUUUAUUUUUUUUUUUCGAGCAGGCAUUUUUGUGACGCAACUAAGUUAGUAUUACUUUUUUCAACGUAUUGUUUUAAGAAGCCAAACUCCAGUGAAUACCCGGGACUACGUUCUUCAUCACUGAGCUUCGACCAGAACUGGACUUAGGAGACCAAGUGGGGGGUGAGGCGCUGUUUGUGGACUACACUGCUAAUGGAGAGGUCAUACAACUUCAUGUAAAAAAAAUCCCAACCAUACCUUUUUAAAUUAACAGUUUUGCAGUGUUCUCGGUUCAUGUUCUGAUAUUUAUGGAAAAAAGUUAAAGAAAUCAGUAGAUAAAUCAUUAAAAAAUUGCUGUUUGUCAUUUUAAAAAAAUUGCAGACGCAAACAGCAGCAUGACACAUGACGGCCAAUGGUGGCCAUGGCCACCCCACUGGCCAUUUCGACAUUUCAGUUAUCAACUUACUGCACCCCCUAUAUGAAUAAUGGUCACCCCAGUGAAAAUAACUGGCUCCGCCAAUGCCACUGGUUGUUUAUACUAGGGACCGGAAAUAAAUGACUAUUACUGAAGCAAGUUUGUUAAAACAAAAGUCAUAUAUUCUAAAUCACACCACAAAUUGGUCUAUAACCAUGUCAAAUGAUUAGUACGACCCUAAAAGACUAAAAAAAAAAAAAAAAUCCUAUCUGAUCGGAAGCCAAAAAGCGUGGAUCGGGACAUCCUUAUUACAAAUUCACCAGCAGUGUUGAUUUGCAAAUAACCUUCAUGACUAUGAAAGGGUACCUUUCAUACAGCAUAAUAAGUAAGGGCUUGAACUAAGUGGAUCAACAAUGAAUGUGUAUUCAGGAAUGAACUAAUAACUAUAGCCACUUUCAUUCAGGAACAGUUGGGACUGUUCUUGGUGUCUCCUGGUUUUCAACAGCUUUUAAUUCUGAGGGUUUAGGGAGUUUAAUAAUCUAGCAAUUAUAUCUGGGAUGCACACAAAGUACACUGCUGCUUGUUAGAUUGGCUGACGGUGGAAUCCAGUUUAUCCACAUAAUUCUCUCUUUGUACGUCACAUGUUAUGUACAAAAUUUUAAUUAGAGUCUUAGACACAAUCAGAACUAAACAGUCACCCCCUGUAUACAUCAUUUGCUCAUUUUGGGGGUGUCUUUCGACAAAAAUCAUUUAGUCAGGCAUAUGUACAGUGUUUCCCACAGGGUUGCAAUCUACCUGUGGCUUUGGGUUGCUGGGGGACGUCAUCAUCUAAUUUACAUAAUUGGCCAUGACUGAAAAGUCUGACCAGACGGGAGAUCUUCAAAAACACCCGCUCUGUUAUUGUGUGGAGAUUGGUAAAAGUGAGAUUUUGGUUUGUGUCAUAAGAAAUGUGCGACAUUAUCUCAUGUUGAAAGUUUAUUUAAGAAGAGAACAUGAAGUUAUUGAAUUCCAGGUGUGCAUCUUUAGAAGCGUAUGUGUGCGCCUUAUAACUAGGGAUGUCUCGGUCCACAUUUUUUGGCAUCCGAUCUGAUUUUUAUUUUUUCUUGCCGAUCCAAUUCGGCACUGAUCAUUUUUGUUUUGUUUUUUUUAAAUAAUAAGCUUUUGUUACAAACAUGAAUUCGGGGAAUUGAAUAUGGUUAUGAAAAUAGCUCUUCAAAGCAUUACAAUAAUGCAAACAAAGUAUUGCUGAAUUUACUUUUUUAUGACACAGCAUGACCAACAAUAUUGUUUGACUUUUGGAACAAACCUCAGAGUCAUGUUCCUAAUCCAAUAAAAGAUCCAAUAAGAGAUCAAAUUGGAAUAAAUGGGUGUGCUAAAUACUUUUAGGGUAGAUCAAUUUGUGGUGUGAUUUAGAAUAUAUUACUUUUUUUUUUGUUAACAAACUCUCUCAGGGCCUUAUGAAAUCUGUUUUAUUUUUUCCCCCAAUUCAUUUUUUUCCCAUUUUAAUUGUUUAGAAUUCUUUCUUUCUUUUUUUUUCUUUUUUUUUUACCUUUUCCACUUAGUUUACCAGCAUAGAGUGUGUGCUAUUUGGUUAGUGAAUAAAAUGCAAAAAUCCUUACAUUUAUUGAUGCAAUACAUCAUUGGCCCAUUUUGUCCAGUCAUUGACAAAUAGAUGUAGUUGGCUAACUUUUCUAAUGGGAUGUUAACCUCAGCACAUAUUGCUAAAAAUUCCUCAACAAAAUAUAAUUCCCAUACUUGUGAUUAAAGAAGAUGUAGUAGCAGAUGUAAUGCCAAUUGUGUUAUUAAUGUAAGAUACUUUAAUGACACCCUUAUUUUGUUUACGCAAUUAGACAAAUGUGACAAAGAGCGCUCUUAUUUUGAAGGCCAGAAUGUGUUGUAUGUGUUGUGUGUGUUGAGAGAGGCAGUUGACGGUUGAUACAUGCUGAGUGUAAGAAUAAACGUGCCUCGUCUUUUUUCACUCAGAACCUGCACGUCGGCAAUGGGCAUUGGAAAAUAGUCCUUACGUUAAAGCAGUAAAACACAAUACUGUAAAAAUAUACUCAUCCCUCCUGAGCCACACACACACACACACACACACACACACAUACAUACAGCUUCCGCUCUGGAACACACACGUAAACAAGAUGGCUGCGGUGCUCAUUAGUCCUACCCUAAAAGUAUUUUGCAAACACAUUUUUUCAAAUUUUAUCCUUUAUUGGAUGGACUUGUUUCAAUUAGAUGUGUCUUUUUUUUAAUUAGGAACAUGACUUACAGAGGUUUGCUGCAAAAGCCAAAAAAUAUUGUUGGUCAUGCUGUGGAAUAAAAAAGUACAUUCAGCAAUACUUUGGUUGCAUUUUUAGUACUUUGAAGAGCUAUUCUUAGAACCAUAUUCAAUUCCACAAAUUCAUGUUUGUAACAAAAGCUUAUUAUAAAAAAAACAAACAAACAAAAAAAAGGAUCGGGUCGGCAAGGCUAUAAAAAAAUUGGAUCGGAUUGGAAGGUUGAGAGAAACCUGCACGAGAAAUAAAUGCGUCCUGAAACACAAACUGCAGAUGAACAUGUGUUUGUGCAAAAUGUGACUUGUCAGUGUUUAGACAAAACAAGUUUAUUAUGUUUGUUUUGAUUGAAAUAAGCUAUGAAAAUAAAUGUUGCAAAAAUGAGUAGCUCUCGGUCAAGUAACUCAUAAGGAAGAAGGUUGGAAACCCCUGGGCUGAGCUAUUGUUCUAUUUUAGUUUUUGCUCACAUUUUAUUGGAAAUGUUUAGGCCUAUCUGUUUAAAAGAGAAAUGUUUUUGCUCACAUUUUGUCUCAGACAGGAUCCAUAAAAAUCCCACCCCCUUCCGGCAGCCCGCAGCCACAGAUAGAUUGCAGUCAUGUGACACUUACAGAGUUGGAUUACUUAUUUUCUAGUGUGGAAUGUUAGAAAAGGUUUGAUCAAGUGACAUUACGCAAACAGAACAAUAGUCAGCAACCGUAAGUAAGGAAAAACUCACUUUCUCACACCUGGCGGAUGUUUCGGACGGCGUUGGUUGUUUGGAGGGGCGGAGGUUUGUUUGGCCUGUGUGGUCUCACGAGGAUCUUCGUGCUGCUUCGGAUGUGUGAUAGGACUGGUCGUCUUGAACCUCCUGGGUUCUGUCCCUCCGCAGGAGACUUGUGCAUGGCAGGUUUUGCACUCGGGUGUGACGUCUUUGUUGGACUUUGGCGAGGCCACGCGACCGACGUUGGGCCUGCUCCUACUUUGUUAGCACUGUUGCUGGAUAGAAGUCCUAGAGCGGAGUCCGGAAUGGACCGCUUGUAUUGGAGAUUUUUCAAUGCAGGCCGAUAUCCGAUAUCAAUAUCUGAUUGGGACAGCCCAAUUUCAUGUAAUCCACACGGUUCAGCCAGGCCUGUGUUCCACCCAGACUCGAAACGGGGCCCACAUAGUAAGAGUUGGAACGCUAGCCAUGCAACUAAAAGCCUGGAUCGUCAACUUAAUAUCCAGCGCGACUGUUAAGGUGUCAGCAGUGAGGUUAACCGACACCAUACAUGGGGAUGGGUACUGAAUGUGGUAUUUUUAUAGGCACCAACUGAAUUUAGUCGGUACUCCCGAGCACCGAUUCACAUCAAAUCUAAAGGUACCAAUGUUUUGGUACCUAAACGGCAGUCUCCAUGGAGUGUCAUGGCGCCCCUCCUAACAAAGAAGAAGACAAAGCAAGAGGGAGGGGGUUAACACCAAAAAGGAGACAAAAGUUACAGAUGCUAAAAUAAGUCAUAUUUGUAGGUAUAAGGAUACAAUAAAACCUAUAAAUGUCAGUGUUCUGGAAGAAGACACUUGUAAUGUGACAUGACGCCUGGACACAUACAAGUAUAUCGGUGUUUAGAACCGACCAAACCAAACUACCAAAACUUGAUUUUUGUAUUCUCAAAGGAAUUAAAACGGACUGAAACUCAUGCGUGUGCGUUCGGUUACUCUGUGAUAAAGCAUACAACAACAAUAACAGGUCGGUAUGUUUAAUUGACGUCUCUUGCUUCAUCACAUUGUUGUGGUGCAGCAGGGCUUGUUUUUGUAUAAAAAAGACUGUUGGCAAAAUCCCAAGCCACAUCAGUACAACAGAGCGCAGGCUGAAGACGCAAACAAACUGAAUUGUUGUGCGUAUCAAGUGGCAAAAGCAGCCCAGGCGGCCACGAUGAGCAGAAGCUGGGAAAAGCCAGCACAUCGGUGAAAACAGCUGAAGUUAUCUGAGCCGGCACGGCGGGACAGAACAUUGUGUGUAUUACUCAGUGAUUUCAAUGUUAAGCAUCAUUUUUGGAAUAUUUCAAAAAAGUCAAAAUAAAAAAACUUUGUGUUUUGAGGCGAUGACUCCAUCAGGUGUGAGGCUGUGGCCACUUUUCAUUUCAACAGCUGAGUUUGUGCUGAUCAGGAGGGUUGUGUGGAUUGGGCUUGCUGCUGCUGCUGCUGCUGCUGCUUGGAAAUUUCCGUAGAGCAAUCCUUGUUGGGCCGAGACUUGUGUGUGAGUGUGUGUGUGGGGGUGGGUUGGUGUGUGAGGCAAGAAGGGUGAAGCAGCAGUACAGUAUGUUUGAGAGCUGUUUUUUGUGUGAGAGUGUGACCUAUGAGGUGCUGGGACUAGUCUGAGAUUUUGGACUCUGGAUUAUCAUGCCUUUCAGUUCGGGACCCAUGCUGAGCCUACUGCUUUGUGAAGGUGUCAACAACCAGAGCUACAUGUGCGAGUCGGGUCACUGCUGUGGAGAAUCUCAGUGCUGCAGUUACUACUAUGAGCUCUGGUGGUUUUGGUUGGUGUGGGCCAUCAUCUUCAUUUUGAGCUGCUGCUGUGUGUGUCACCAUCGGCGCACCAAACACAGACUGCAGCAACAACAGCGGCAGCACGAGAUCAACCUCAUUGCUUAUCGUGAAGCACACAACUAUCCCUCGGUGCCCUUCUACUUCAGGUUUCUACCAAGCUACCUCCUGCCAGAUUAUGAAGAAGUAGUGAAUCGGCCACCUACCCCGCCCCCACCCUACAGUGCCUUACACACGGGACCAUCCACAGCAGCCUCACAGCCUCAUUCUGAGCAGCAUGAUGGACAUGGUCCAACCAUUCAAGCCAUCCCAGUGCCUCCAGACGCUGAGCGCCUGUGUAGCAGGCCCAGUCUAGAAGAGCCACGACCCCCUACCAUGGAAUUAAGUCCCAAGGCGGACGGCAAACCAGCGCAGACAGCACAAGACUCGGCCAUGAUAUUUUUGUCAGAGGGGCUCAAUAGGGAGGAACUCGGCCACGAGGAGAAAAGAAGCGACUGCAAGGAUCCUCUUCUAAAGGAUAUGUCUGACGACAAAGAUCGACUCCCUAAUGGCAGGCGACGACGAUUUACUGGGGACUCUGGGAUCGAGGUGUGUGUGUGUGGCUCCCGCGGGAGCAUUGGCUGUAGUGGAGCAGGCAGCCAGGAAGGUAAGGAGUUGAGGGAGCUGGACAGCCUCCUCGGUCGCGAGGGAGAUGAUGAGGAGGCCGGAGACUUCUGUGACAGUUGUGUUCAGCGGUCGUCUUUCAGUGUGGAAGAAGAGCAGGAGUUGGGCGGAUUGGAAAGGAGGGCGGUGCCGGGAUCCUCUCAGACACCUCACCACACGGGCGGCGCCUCAUUGCACGCUCCAGUGUGUCUCCUCCUGCACACCAUCAGCGAGCAGGAUGGUCCCCACCAGAGCACCAGCACAGAGCCGCAGGGUUGAAAGACGCCUCGUUUACGGCACACUCGACACAGGAUGUGGAAACUUUUUAUACGGCAGAAAGACUUUGAAUCUGUGUGUUGGUGCAGAUAAGUUGUGGGAUCAGGAAGCCGAAUUUCAAAGCAAAGAUGGAGCGGUUGAUGACAAAACAGCCCGGAUACACACUGGAACAUGGAGCGUGGACACCAGACAUCUUCUGCACAUGAAGCAGCUCCCUCGGUGGCUUUGCAUCUUCCUGAACACUUGACUCAUGCCAAAGACUGUACCUCUGCAACAACAGCAGCAGAUGGAUGAUCUCAUUAGGUGCAUCCAACCAAUUGCAACUACCGGUAUUUCUAAAAGGCUGCCUCCAUAGGCAGGAAGAGACACAUUCAACAGGUCCUUCUAGCAUAAACGUGUGUUUGAGCGAGCAAGCAGAUAGUGUAGCCACAUCUGACCAGGAAGUCCUUUAUUCAGAAAACAAACUCCACUUGGGUCCUUUUCUUGUGCUCUGUCUGAACCACUAGUUAAGUGCAUUAACAAGUCUUUAUAUGAUGAGCAGUUCCUAUUUUGCACAAAAUGUAUUUAUCUUUUAUAAAUGAAGCUUUUAACAACAAGACCAUCAUUCUCUUUUUCAUAAUUCAGUCUUACGUGGUUCAUUACUUAGGGGCUCGAAUGGAGGAGAUUUACUUUUUGGGUCAUAAAUGGUCUUUUUGGUAACUUAAUGAAUGUUAGCAGUAUGUGCCUACAAUCACAACAUGUACUAAACCAAUGGGCCUCUUACGCAUUCUCAUAUGAGGACUUAAAGGGAUAGUUGGGAUGUUUUGACAUGAACUUCAUAAGCAGUGUAGUACGUGAAUUCCCCCCUCCACCAACUAUCCCUUUAACAUUUGUCUCAGUUUUCUGUGUCAGCAAAUAAUCACUUUGACUCGCUGCAGCGUAUAAAAGCACUGAUUCCAGUGGCAGCGUUUCCACUUAUCAUGGACUUUGUUAAAUUAAACAACAUAUCGUACCAUUCUCCUACAGCGGUAUUCACAAGUUCCCGUUAAACACUUCUAACAACAAACACAUGCAUAAGCCAUAAUUUGCACAAAACCAUGUUCACUAUGUGCCCAUCUUCUAAUUGUGUGCUGUUUAAAAACCUGAGGAAUGACUUGUGUCUUUUAGGGCUUUUUCCCCAUUACAUCACGGUUGAAAGGGUGUUAAUCCCAGGACCACGUGUACAUGGCAAAAACACAACAACUGCACCCUGGAGCCCUGUUGAAUAGGCAAGACCUCACGUUAAUAAAAUGGCUUCAUUGUACAAAUACCUUAUGACUGAAUAUGCCUCCACAAACGAGAGACAGGGAGGUGAACAGUUGAAAAGGACAAUGCUGCGCAACAGAAAUCAGAUGACCACAUGUAGAAGGUGAGUGAACUGAUUUCUACGGUGUUGGCAGAAUGUCUUACACCCGCCCUAUAAAUCUUAUAACAGUUCUAACACACAGAUGAAGAAUGUGCCUAGAAAAAAUACAGUCAACUUUAAAAAAAAAAAAAAAAAAAAUUAUUUUAUUUUAUUUUUUUUUACAAAUGCACUCAGUUAUACACACACAUUUUUGCAGACAGUCUAUGGAACAGCUAGCAAACUUUACAAAGCACAAGGUUUCUAUCUAUUGUUGAUGUGCAUACAUUGAAACAAAGCCGCCUCUGAAAGCACAGUCAUGGUGUACCUUUUCGUGUGAUUACCCCCAUCAGAGCAGUUUCUGCAACAUAUAAAUUGUUUUUGUGGUACAAGUAGUGGAAGGAUGAGUUCUCUUUCAUUGAGUGUAUUUCAUCUUAAAAAAGUGAUUUAGAAAAAAAUCAUAAACCAUGUUUAUUUAAAAAAAAAAUGUGUACAAUGACGUGACUGGUUAUAGCCAAAACAUUCAAAUUAAAUCACUAGCUUUAUUUGUUUUGCUCCCAUGGUGGUAAAGUCGUGUGAAGGCUACACUGUGAUGGAACAUGCUUGUUAAACCACAUCAAGUUCAGUCAUGCCAAAGACUCGUUUUGUUGGCCAUCCAUUGUGUGGAUGUGCACAUAUUCUUUCAAUGUUUAACUAUGCCAACAUCAACCAAGCUGG